AUGAAAGAGGAUGUGGCAAACUUAACUGCCCAACUGAUUGGAGGCCAAUCACAAGGUGGACAUUCUUUGAUAGCUUGGGUGGAGCUCUGUUUUGCUCCAAUUGAAUUCUUGGGGUUUGCUCCAAAACUGAAUUUUUUUUUCUUCUAUUAUUUUGGGAGUUCUUGGGCACCUCCCCUGCCUAAUGGUCUAAAUUGCAAUAAAGAAGUGUUCCAUGCCUUGGCAGCUCAAUGGUUCAUGGGAAAAAAGGUGUGCUCAUGCCUAGGUAAGGGUUUUGUUGCAUUCCAUUGA